CUUGUUUUCAGCCAAUGGGCGCACAGACAGAGCUGGUGAGUGAUGAGAGCAGCGGUGAUGCAGCUCUGAGUUAAAGUCAAUCAGCGGAGACGUGUCACCAGUGGUGCUGCAGAGCUGAGCCUGUGCAGAGGAACAGAGAUGGAGUGGCGUCAGCAGACCAGUGUCAGCUGUGCACACGCGUUCAACGAGGCCCAGCGCUGGAUCCAGGAGGUGACUGGAAAGUUGUUUGGUUGCAGUGACUUCCGUGCAGCCUUGGAGGAUGGAGUCCUGCUCUGCGAUUUGAUCAACCAGUUGAAACCCGGCAUCAUUAAACGAGUAAACAGGCUGUCUACUCCCAUCGCUGGCCUGGACAAUGUGAACGUGUUCCUGAAAGCCUGCGGGAAACUGGGACUGAACGAGUCCCAGCUGUUUCAUCCAGGAGACCUGCAAGACCUGUCCACUCGCGUCACUCUCAGGCGAGAUGAAAGCAGCAGAAGACUGAAAAAUGUUCUGAUCACCAUCUACUGGUUGGGCCGCAAAGCUCACCUCGAUGCAUUCUACAGUGGACCUCAGCUCAACUUCAAGGCCUUUGAAGGACUGUUAGGUUUGGCCUUGUCCAAGUCCCUAGACGAGAGCAGUAACGUGUUUGUGAAAGACGGCGGGUACAGAGAGUGCUGGUACCCGGAGAGGGAGGAACGUCAGCGUAUGAGACGGAGCUAUAAGAGGGAGAACUCUGUGGACAGUGUUGAUUCUCUGGACUCCCGGGCCCUCCGCCCAAACAGUGAAGGUUGUGGAAGUGAUGCAGAAGCUGAGCAGGUCUUCAGAAUGGAGACGUCACAGCCCCCAGUCCAUCAGACUAAAGGUCAUAUCCCACCACCACUUCUAAGGAGAAAGCAAAGACGAGAGGAGAAUGGAAGCGGCUGCGACGGUCCACUCACCAGAGAAUAUCACAACCGGGUCAGGCCUGAGAGACCAGUUCAGGUCAGGCCUGAGACACCAGUUCAGGUCAACCCUGGCUGGAUUUGGAGUAAAUCUCUCAGCGACAUCCCGAUGUUCUACCCUGUGCGUAAACUUCCUAAGCAGAACACCAUUCACGAUGUGGGCCUGGACGCUGACACGGCAGAGGAGUGGCAGCAAGAACACGCAGAGACGAGCGGCGUUCCCGGCAAGGAGAGCGAGGCUCAGUGGCAGGAUGACUUGACAAAGUGGAAGAAUCGUCGCCGGAGCUCCAACACUGACCACCGCAGGAAGUCGCUGGACAGAGAGCAUGUGAUCAAUGCAUGCUCCCUGUCCAUGACCAAUGGGGCUGUGAGCAACUUUAAGAAUGACACACAACGCGGCGCAAUGCUAAAGAGAGACCAGCCGCCAUCACCACGCAGGAGUAACCCCGCCCCCCGUCUCCACUCCACCGCUCCUCUGUCAAAAUCCACAAACUCUGAUCUCCGGCCACAUACUCGAGCUCUGCUGUCCCGCAGCUAUGCCACUGAGGCACCUUACAGCCCCAGGGUGACACUCAUCACCUACAACUCAGCCCAUACGCAGGGAUCACUGGUUGGAGCCAUGCCUGCCUCCGAUGGGACCAUCCUGGGAGAGGAGACCCACUUUCCCUCCCUGGCUUCAGAGGGAGCAGGAGCCACCACACCCUCUGUAGACUUCCCUUUCAGCUCUCAGACUCAAGUCAAAGCUCAGGGCAGACCAGCUCCGCUCCAGCCCACAUCUGAACCGGCUCAGCCCCAGAAUGUUCCUAUAAAUAAAAUCUCCACUCUGGUCACAACCUUGCAGCCCAAGGAGGCCACAAAAUCCACCUGCACUGCAUCUACGCUGAAUCACAAGGAGCUUCCACCCAGCAUCGAUCCAGCAGUUCCGACCGUUUUUCCUGCCCCAGUGAAUCAGACAUCUCUGGAGGACAUGUCCCACCGGUCCCAGGAGGAGAGCCUUAAGACGACUUGGGAACCAGCUGAGAAAACCGCAGGUGUCUACAAGUACUUGUCCAGAACUGUGUCGUGGUCCGGCUCGGCCAGCCUUCCCCGCGGAUACCGGCGGUCCGAGGGCUCGUCCCGUCUCUCUUCUGCGAUCACUGCGAGACCCUUUGGGACCAAGCAGUCGAGGAUGUCGUCGCUGCCGAGACUGUGCAGUGUAGACGGCAACGGUUUGCAAUUGAACAGUGAGAAAGAAAAAUGUCUUUCUCCACCCACGAAAUCUUCUCUUAAAAGACAGACUGCAGCCAGUCACCUGAGGACUUCACUCAGACUGAAGAAACCCAGCCAGAUGAAGCAGAGUGGUACAGAUCAGGUGGUGGUGGAGGAGGAGGAGGAGGGGGCGGGGGGGUCCAUUGUCUCCACUCAGUCCUCCCUCAAGACCAACGGGUUUCACCAUCAGCCCUGCACCCAGACCCAGCCACUACCACAACCUAAUUCCACUCUGCAGGCCCAACACUACAACAGCUCCACUCUGCCGACAUCUACAAAGGUGGAUCACAGUAACAUGAGAGUGAGCCUUACCCUUAAACCCAACAGUGUACCAGACUUUGGUUUGCAGACUCACUGGGACUCGACAGGAGCGAGAGUAAAGUUCAUCCAGCUCGGCAGUCCAGCGGAGCUCUGCCAGCUGUGUGUGGAUGAUGAGAUUGUGGCUGUUGAUGGAGUGGCGGUGGCACACAUGAACUACAACCAGUGGAAGGAUAAAAUUACAUCUGCCCUGCAGUCCGGCAAUCUGACCAUGGACAUUAGACGCUAUGGCAACAAGGAUUGGAGCUCCAGUGAGGGGAGUCAUCACAACCAGCCAGGGAAGAGCAGGAUGACCCUCAAUCUGACGGCCGCAGCGCCCCUUCUGAUAGGUUGUCCUGAUCACCAUGCCAACAGCACUGCCUCUACAGAAACCGCAGCAUUGAAAUUCAACGGGCACACAGACAAUGUUAAACAAGGUAAAGUCUUGGAUGGAGGGUCUGCUGAAGGCCACAGGACGGCCAAAAGUAAAGACGUUAAUAAAUUGAUUAGGAACAAUCAGAAAAGGAGGGCAGAGUUUUUCAAACAGAGAGGAGGUUCAGAAUCUGCGAUAUCUGAUCUCCAGGUGCCGUCCCUCAGCCCCUCCUCAUCCAGCUGGUCGUGGGACCGAGAGGAGGAUCAACGGCGACAGGAGAAGUGGCAGGAAGAGCAGGAGCGCCUCCUACAGGAGCAAUACCAGCGGGAUCAGGAGAGACUGAAGGCAGAGUGGCGCAGGGCACAACAAGAUGCGAUGGGGGACUUGUGCAGGAAGUCGGUGCAGACCACCUUCCAGAUGACCAAUGGCGGUGCGGGCCCUGCCAGAACGCAGCUCCAUGUGAAUGCACCGUCAAACAGAGCUGCAGGAGAAGAGCAGAGCCCUGACGGAGACGAGCGGAAAGAAUCGGGACGUCAACCCCAGAGUGAUGCACGCGGAGAGCAGAGUGACGCCGUCGCUGAACAAGACUGGGCUGUGGAAUCCUGUGGCUUUGCUCAGCUGUCUACUGCACACAGGGCGAAGUCUUUGUCUUCCCCGGCCUUAGCUGGCUCCCACAAACAGACACGAGGUGAUCAGAGGAAAAGAAAAGGACAGUCCCUGUCCAAGAGUGAGCAAGACAGGCAGCAGAUUUUGGAGGAGAUGAAGAAAAGGACUCAGCUCCUGACCGACAACAGCUGGAUACGUCAGCGCAGAAGCAGCUUAAACAAGGAACCAGUCUACGGCAUGGUUCCUCUGAAGAGGUACGAGUCUCUGGACGACCUGGACUCUUUGCGUCACUCCCCAGUAUCAAGCGGCACAUUCGGUUUCCCUCGUCCACACUCCGCUGCAGGUUACUGCGCUCCGAGCAGGAACUGCUCCUCCCGCUACAGCACCGGAGCCAUUUUAUCCAGGAAAUAUGUAUCCAUGGACCCAGCUCAUCACGGCAGUGUGUGGGCUGCCGCCGAUAUCUCGGAGGAACUGAAACUGGAGUCCAGGUUCGAACCUGAAACUGUAAGCCCCACUGUGAGCUAUGACCAAGUCCAGUACCCUGCUGCCUCCUUCAUCUGACAGACAUGCAGUUCUCCAGAUCACAGAGUGAGCAGCCGAAUACAAACUGUGGCAGCGCAGUGGGAAAUGUCCACACAGCCAAGCCGUGACCUUUUGUCUCCUACAGUAACUGUUGGUGAACCUAAAAACUCUGCGACGUCUGUGAUAUAAGAUCUUGACAUUCUGUGGAUCCACAAGCAAAGAUUCUUAAUCGUUGCUUUUUAAUCAAAUGUGCUACUUCCUGUCUCUUUUCAUGCUAAUUUAUUUCCCAGAAAAUGUAGAUUAAUAUAUGAAAUAAAGUAGUAAAGACAUUUAUUAUUCUUGUAAUUAGUGUUUGGUUAAUGCUUUUAUUGUAGUGUUAGUGAUGCUGUUCAUUAAAUCUUUGUGCUGUCUUGGAUCUGAGCCCAUUAGUGUGUUAAAUACAGAUAUUUCUUGUUGAUGUAACCAUGUACGGUGGCACAUUCUAAACACUGUUCUGUUGAAAUCUCACCAUGUGCACUUUGGGAUGAAUAAAUCAUUGGUUUGCAUAUAACAUGUAUUUCUCACAUGAAAAUGGGCGUCUUAACUGAAAUUUUUUUUGUGAAUAAAGUGCACUGAACAUUA